GUGUUAAUUGCACUGUGCUCUGUCAAGGAAACUUUGAUUUAUAGCGGGGGUACACAAAUAAUGGUUGCCGGUCGCACAUGGAUUCGGUAGAACUUUGCCUUCCUGAAUCUUUUUCCCUGCACUACGAGGAAGAGCUUCUCUGCAGAAUGUCAAACAAAGAUCGACACAUUGAUUCCAGCUGUUCGUCCUUCAUCAAGACGGAACCCUCCAGCCCGGCCUCCCUGACGGACAGCGUCAACCACCACAGCCCAGGUGGCUCUUCGGACGCCAGCGGGAGCUACAGUUCAACCAUGAAUGGCCAUCAGAACGGACUUGACUCGCCACCUCUCUACCCUUCUGCUCCUAUCCUAGGAGGUAGCGGGCCUGUCCGGAAACUGUAUGAUGACUGCUCGAGCACCAUUGUUGAAGAUCCCCAGACCAAGUGUGAAUACAUGCUCAACUCGAUGCCCAAGAGACUGUGUUUAGUGUGUGGCGACAUCGCGUCUGGGUACCACUAUGGGGUAGCAUCCUGUGAAGCCUGCAAGGCAUUCUUCAAGAGGACGAUUCAAGGUAAUAUAGAAUAUAGCUGCCCUGCCACGAAUGAAUGUGAAAUCACGAAGCGCAGACGUAAAUCCUGCCAGGCUUGCCGCUUCAUGAAGUGUUUAAAAGUGGGCAUGCUGAAAGAAGGAGUGCGUCUUGACAGAGUACGUGGAGGUCGGCAGAAGUACAAACGCAGAAUAGAUGCGGAGAACAGCCCAUACCUGAACCCUCAGCUGGUUCAGCCAGCCAAAAAGCCAUAUAACAAGAUUGUCUCACAUUUGUUGGUGGCUGAACCGGAGAAGAUCUAUGCCAUGCCUGACCCUACCGUCCCCGACAGUGACAUCAAAGCCCUCACUACACUGUGUGACUUGGCUGAUCGAGAGUUGGUGGUUAUCAUUGGAUGGGCGAAGCAUAUUCCAGGCUUCUCCACGCUGUCCCUGGCGGACCAGAUGAGCCUUCUGCAAAGUGCUUGGAUGGAAAUCUUGAUCCUUGGUGUCGUGUACCGAUCUCUUUCCUUUGAGGAUGAACUUGUCUAUGCAGACGAUUAUAUAAUGGAUGAAGACCAGUCCAAAUUAGCAGGCCUUCUUGACCUAAAUAAUGCUAUCCUGCAGCUGGUAAAAAAAUACAAGAGCAUGAAGCUGGAGAAAGAAGAAUUUGUCACCCUCAAAGCGAUAGCUCUCGCUAAUUCAGACUCCAUGCACAUAGAAGAUGUCGAAGCUGUUCAGAAGCUUCAGGAUGUCUUACAUGAGGCCCUGCAGGAUUAUGAGGCCGGCCAGCACAUGGAAGACCCUCGCAGGGCUGGCAAGAUGCUGAUGACACUGCCGCUUCUGAGGCAGACCUCCACCAAGGCUGUGCAGCAUUUCUACAACAUCAAACUGGAAGGCAAAGUCCCCAUGCACAAACUUUUUUUGGAAAUGCUGGAGGCCAAGGUCUGACUAAAGGCUUCCCGGGGCCAUCCUAUCCUGCACGCUGAAAAAGGGAAAAUAAACCCAAGAGUGAUGUCAAAGAAACUUAAGAGUUUAGUUAACAACGUCAAAAAUCAACAAAGACUGCACUGAUGAUUUAGCAGCAAGACUAUGAAGCAGCUUUCAGAUUUCUCCCUAUCUUCCUGAUGAGUUUCUUCCUCCCUUGAUCUCAUCUUUUCUCCGUAUCUUUUCUCAUUUUCUUUUUCCUUGUUAUUUUUUCCCUCCCUCCCUAGUCUUCCUCUCCUUCAUUCCUUCCUUCUUCCUUCCCUCCUUCCUUCUGUAUCCCUUGUCCCGCCUGAUCUUAUUCUUCCAUUUUCUUUUAAACUUUAAUAUCUCUAGUUGUAAGAACAUUUGCCGUCCUUUCUUUUUCUUUCCCUCCCUCCCUUCUUCCUUCUUUCUUUUCUCCCUUCCUUCCUUUUUUCCACCCUUUUUCCCUUCUUUCCUUCCUUCUGCUGCUGAACUUUUAAAAGAGGUCUCUAAUUGGAGAGCUAUGGAAGCCAGCCCUGCCAAAGGAUGGAGAUCCAUAAUAUGGAUACCAGUGAACUUCUUGUGAACCGUAACGUCCCCAAUGACUAAGGAAUCAAAGAGACAGAACCAACGUACCUAAAAGUACAGUGCAACACACACAAAUUGACUGAGUGCAGUAUUAGAUUCCACGGGAGCAGCCUCUAAUUAGAUGACUUAAGCAACGUUGCAUCGGCUGCUUCUUAUCAUUGCUUUUCCAUCUAAAUCAGUUACAGCCAUUUGAUUCCUUAAUUG